CUUUGCAUAAUUAAAAGGUUCUUCAGAUUGAUGGAGCAUGCUUUGUAUAUGGCACAAAAAAAGGGGAUCUUCUCCUAUUAGAACAUUGACAUUGUAAUAACAGAGGAAGAACCCUGUAUGGUUCUGUGUAGAACCCAUUUCUAUCAAUCCUUGCAAAUAACCAAUUAAUCUUGGAAAGGUUAUAUAUAGCACUCAUAGUUCUAAGCAGCACCAUUCCCGUUUCUAAAGAACCCUUGAAGAACCACCGUUUUGUAGACUGUGCGAGACGGAAAGCGCUAUUUGGGCUCCCAUGCGGGACGCUGCAGCAGCAGAGACGGCUCGCGCAUAAUUACAGCCCCUCUCUGCAGGGGUAAUUGGCCAGGGGUGAUUACCCCCGUCCGCGCGCACGCAGGGGAGCUCGAGCAAACGGCACAGUGGCGUCUGGAGGCAGUAAAGAAAAAGAAGAGGUGGACCCCCGCGCCCCCCUCCAAGCUUCUUUACUACUUUACCCCAAAACUUUGAAGUUGACGAAGAUUUUCAGUCCAGCGCAAAACGGCGUUCCCUGCGCGGCCUGUGCGCUACAGCCGAGUACAGAGCGCUGCCUUCAGCUGUACAGCGGCGGCUUAAUGCCAUAAGACAGCCGAGGACGCUUAUGGAGCACCGCGGGGCUGUGUUUCAUCUCAGGAGCCCAGAUAAGGAGCACCGUGCCGCGCAGACGGGUCUGUCUGCAGGAGCUGUUUAGAUAACGAGAGGAGAGACAGAGGCGACCUAAGCGCUUUUGGAAACACUGCUGUCUCUCACUUUCCUCAGGUGCUCUGCUAAAACAUCUCGGAGACUCUGCAUUCAAAACCCCGCAGAGCCAGAACUGUUUCCGAGGAGAAACUUAAUGAAAAUGGAAUUUCACCGCGUUAUAUUUCAUGGCAUGGGAAACUGACCUCAAACAGCGCUGACGAAACUGCAGAAAAGUGUGUGGAAAGCGCAGCUGUGAUUGUGUAUCUAGCGAUGAUUAUCUGUGGACUUAUUUGAAAAGUCUGAGUUAAGUCAGAAAGUAAACAAUAAAACUUUUGGACCGCGCUAAACUCCGGCCUAUUGUCUGCAGACACGGCUGCGGUGAGUUGGCCGCUCUGUUAAACCGUGUACUGUGUCGCCCCCUAGCGGCCGCAGCAGGAUUAUCUGAGUCCGGCGAAUUGGCUUCGUUUUACUGAUGCUGCCGCGUCCAGCGUGUUGAUGGACGUGCCAGAGGACAGAGCUCGUCCAAACGCGAGCUUUGCUGCCGAUGAUUCAGUGCAGCUUUUACUACAGCUGAUCUAAUAAUACAGGGAAUCCCGGCUCAGUCAGACAGAGAGCCAGGUGUUCUGAGUGAAGAGAGUAGGAGACGCACAGCGGACUGAAUGUGUCAGACGCACUCAUCUGCCCUUUUUUUGGCGAAACAAACAGCAAGUAGAAAUUUGCAGAAGCGUAACACAGCUUUCCCUUUUCAUUUCAGCUGAACUCGAGCUGAGGGACCAUGGGGACCGUGAAGACACAUCUCCUUCUGGGGGUUGUCUUAGUGGGCAUAUUGACAGAUGCGUGGAGGGUCGUGGGUGGUCUUCCUCCGCCGACCAUCGUUUCUGAUCAAACUCAGUUCGUGUUAGAGCUGCACUCGGUCUUCAAUAUCAGCUGUACGGGGAAGCAGAGCGUGUUUUGGGAAGAGCCGUUACCGAAGAACACGCACGUGCUGCCGGGAUACUACACGGCCACGCUGCUGAUAGAGGACGCCGCGGCUUUCCACACUGGACUUUACACAUGUGUCUAUGAGGGAGAGGAGAGCGACCCCGCCAACAUCAGCAUCUUCGUUCCGGACCCUGAGGUUCCAUUCGUGCCAGAGGAGCCUAACAUUCAUCAUGCAGAAGCCUGGGGGUCCCUUAUUCCGUGUCGCAUUACAGACCCAGGGUCCAGCGUGCUUCUCCGGAACCAGUCGAGUGGACAGGAGAUCCAGGCCUUUUAUGAGCCCAGUCAUGGUUUCAUAGGCGUCUUUUCUCCUGGACUCUAUGUGUGUGAAACUGUUGUGAAUGGCGAGACAGUCCAGAGCGCAGUGUACUCGGUGGCAGACGAGUCCGGAAUGAAGUUCAGUGUAGAACUGAGGGUCAGCCAGCAGGAAGUGAAAGAAGGAGACGCUUUCAACCUCACCUGCGAGACCCCACCGGCUAUGUUUUUCCAGCAGUGGCUGCACCCCAGCAAACAGGCUGUAGGUGCUGUCCAGAUGAAGCAGACGUUUCCUGACAAGGUUUUGUACAUCCUCAGUAUCCCGCAUGCCUCGGUGGCUGACUCUGGCUACUACGAGUGCUCUGUCACUGAGCAGUUCAGUGGCCUGACCAAGUCCUCCAGUGUGACCGUCACUGUCCAUGCGACUUCUUUCGUGGUUCUGGAUCACAGUGGGAUUGGAGCAGUGGAAAGUGCCGCUCUCACAGAGGAGACAGAGUUCACCAUCUAUAUUAUGUCUGACACUACGCCAAAGGUUACAUGGUUCAAAGAUGAUCUCGCGUUGGACGACAUCUUUGUGACCAGUAAGACCACUCUCUUGGAAGACAAAAGGUACGAGAGUGUUUUGGUCUUUCGGCAUCCUGAAGAAGAAGACAGUGGCACAUACAAAAUCGUAGCAUCAGCUGGAUCACAGAGCGCUGAGUUCUCCUUCAAGCUUAAUGUCAAAGCUCUUGAGCCGCAGUUGCUGCCGGCCAUGCUGGCUCCAGUUAUCUGGCCCAUGAGGGAAGUUAUGGUGGUGUCCCUUCACUCCACGUUCAAACUGACGUGUCGCGGUCUGGCAGAGCUGGCCUGGAGCUGCCCCGUCUUCAACAAUGAACCGACGCUUGAAGAUAAGAGGGGUAUCUUUGUCUCUACGGUGACCAUAAACAAUGCUACAGCAAUACAUACGGGGGAUUACACCUGCUACUACCAGGACGGAAAUCAGACCGAAGAGGCCAACAUUUAUGUUUAUGUGCCAGAUCCGAAAGUGCCAUUUGUGCCCUCUCUGGUGCCGUUCAUUAACCAUGUGCUGACGAGUCAUGAGGAGACCGAGGUUCCGUGCCGUGUGUCUGACCCCAGUGCUAAUGUGACUCUGAUCCAUGUGGAGACCCAGCAGCCUGUGCCUGCUGUCUAUGACAGCAAGAGGGGCUUUCUGGGCCUCUUCACUGCUGGAACAUAUGUGUGCCGAGCCCUGGUGAACGGUGAGGAGCAUGAGAGUGAGGAGUACAUCGUCCAUGGCUGGGAAGGAGGCCCAGAGUUGCAAAUUGAGCUGAAGGCUGAGAAAAAGGCUCUCUUGGUUGGAGAGACCCUCACAGUGAACUGCGUGGCAAAAGGCAGCGAGAUGCUGGAAGACCGCUGGAAAUAUCCUGGCAGUCAUGCUAGUCGUGGAGUAAAGACAGUGAAGGAGAAUAAGAGGGAUAAGGAGAUUCAGUACACUCUUAAUGUGUCUAGAGCCACAGCUAAAGACAGUGGAAUCUACUCCUGCACUAUAACUGACAUUAUGAGCAAUGAGAGCCAAACUAAAGAACUCACCAUUACUGUCUACGAGAGGGAGUUUGUGUCUAUCUCUCCUGCAUUUGACUCCAUGGAGACGGCCAAAUUGGACGACGUUCGUGAGUUCAGGGUGGACAUCAAUGCUCUCCCCACCCCCAAGGUCAUGUGGCUGAAGGACGGCAUCGUCCUGGGCGACGUUUCUGCUGAGAUUGCCACCUCCCUCCGGACGAUCAGUGAAACCAGGUACCAGAGCACUCUCACUCUGAUUAGAGCUAAGGCCGAGGACAGCGGCAACUAUACAGUGAGAGCUGAGAUAGGCAACCAGAGUGCCAGCCAUUCCUUCAGCCUGCAGGUUAAAGUUCCUGCAAUUAUUGUGGACCUGACGGACCUCCAUCAUGGCUCAGCAGCAGGCCAGGCUGCGGUGUGUGUUGCUGGAGGGUCUCCUGUCCCUGAAGUGGAGUGGUACAUCUGUAAAAACAUCAAACACUGUGCCAAUGACUCGACUCAGUGGUCACCACUUCAGACCAACACCACAGGGAUCACAGUGGAUACACACAUCAACCAGGAGAACCAGCUGGAGAGUGAGGUGAUCUUUGGCCAUCUGGAGAACACGAUGGCCGUCCGUUGCCUGGCCCGCAAUGACAUGGCCGCUGUCUCCCGAGAGGUCAAACUAGUGUCCAGCGGUCCGCACUCGGAGCUCACCGUGGCGGCUGCUGUUCUGGUGCUGUUGGUCAUUGUCAUCAUCUCACUCAUUGUGCUGGUCAUUAUCUGGAAACAGAAGCCACGCUAUGAAAUCAGAUGGCGGGUCAUUGAGUCAGUGAGUCCAGAUGGACACGAGUACAUCUAUGUGGACCCCAUGCAGCUGCCCUACGACUCGCGCUGGGAGUUCCCACGUGACGGCCUCGUUCUGGGCCGUAUCCUGGGUUCGGGCGCCUUUGGUAAGGUGGUGGAGGGCACCGCAUAUGGACUAAGUCGUUCUCAACCGGUCAUGAAGGUGGCAGUGAAGAUGCUCAAACCGACAGCACGCUCCAGUGAGAAGCAAGCGCUGAUGUCAGAGCUGAAGAUCAUGACCCACCUGGGCCCUCACCUCAACAUCGUCAAUCUGCUGGGAGCAUGCACCAAAUCAGGUCCUAUCUACAUAAUCACUGAGUACUGUUUCUAUGGAGACCUAGUGAACUAUCUGCAUAAGAACAGAGAUGGCUUUUUGAGCCGGCAUCCAGAAAAGGCCAAGAAAGACCUGGACAUCUUUGGCAUAAACCCAGCUGACGAGAGCAGCCGGAGUUACGUGAUCCUGUCCUUCGAGGAGAAAGGAGACUACAUGGAUAUGAAGCAGGCAGACACUAUGCAGUAUGUCCCCAUGCUGGAGAGGAGUGAAGCCUCCAAAUAUUCUCACCUGCAGAGAGACGAUUACGAUCACCCCCCCUCACACACACACACUAACGAGAGUGAGGUGGAGAAACUUCUGUCCGAUGACACAGAGGGGCUGACCACAAUGGAUCUUCUUAGUUUUACUUAUCAAGUGGCCAGAGGGAUGGAGUUUCUAGCCUCCAAAAACUGCGUGCACAGAGAUCUGGCAGCACGUAAUGUCCUGCUGUCUCAGGGUAAGAUUGUGAAGAUCUGUGACUUCGGACUAGCCAGAGACAUCAUGCACGACAACAACUAUGUGUCCAAAGGAAGUACUUUCCUGCCAGUGAAAUGGAUGGCCCCUGAGAGCAUCUUCGAUAACCUGUACACCUCUUUGAGUGACGUGUGGUCGUAUGGCAUCUUACUGUGGGAGAUCUUCUCUCUGGGAGGUACUCCUUACCCUGGCAUGGUUGUGGACUCCAGCUUCUAUAACAAGAUCAAGAGUGGCUACAGGAUGGCUAAACCAGAGCACGCCUCCAAUGAUGUCUAUGAGCUGAUGGUGAAGUGCUGGAAUAAUGAGCCGGAGAAGAGACCAUCCUUCCACAGCCUGAGUGAAAAUGUGGCCACCCUGCUGCCUUCUGGAUACAAGAGGAGCUACGAGCGUGUGAACAACAACUUCCUGAAGAGCGACCACCCAGCGGUCACGCGAAUGCAGUGUGUACAGAGUGAUGAUACUUACCUGGGCGUGGCCUACAAGAACCAGGGCAAGCUGAGGGAGCGCGAGAGUGGCUUUGAUGAGCAGAGGCUGAGCUCGGACAGCGGCUACAUCAUCCCCCUGCCUGACCUUGACCCGCUCUCCGACGAGGAGUACACCAAACGGAACCGCCACAGCUCCCAGACGUCUGAGGAGAGCGCUAUAGACACGGGUUCGAGCAGCUCCACAUUGCCAAAGCGGGAGGGGGAGACUCUGGAGGAUGUCACGCUGCUGGAUGAGAUGUGCUUGGACUCAGGAGACCUGGUGGAGGACAGUUUCCUGUGAAUUGGAGGGUGUGGGACAUAGAGACAGAGAGUGAGGGAGCGAGAGAGAGAGAGAGAGAGAGAGAGAGAGAGAGAGAGAGAGAGAGACACUCUGUCCUCUAGAAAAUUCACCAAAGGGAGCAGGAGGAACAAUCCAGGCAUCAUCUUUAAAUGAACUCUCUUCUCAUCCCAAACUUUCUCUGAACUCUUCCUCUCCCUGCUUCGUUCACCUGCUUAUAGAAACUUCCAGAGUAAAACCACUUCACUGCCUGGAUGUCCUGUGAAGUUCUUGUCAGUCGACUUGCAUUGCAGACAGCGCCCUCUACUGGGUUGGAGGAAAGGCUGGUAAAGGACUGCCAACACCCAAACUAUGGACUCAUUUAUGAGGUUUUCUGUGGAGCAGACAGACAUCACUACAUUUGGCCUUGACUCUAGGCAUCUGAGACUAAUGAGGAAACAAAAUGAGGAGGUUUCAGUUUUCUUGUCUCCUUUCAAUCAAUGUUUUUGUGUUUAUAGGACUUUAUCUUGAUGGGCAUUCUGAAAAGCGAAAUAAGCAGGAACGUACCAAACAUCUGAACGUAUCAAAGACACUUUUGAAACUCCACACCUACUCUCCAAAUAAAUCCAUCUGUGCUUCAAAGAACCACUACAAAACAUCUAAGCAAGAAAAUUGUGCAAGAUUGAGCAACUGCCAAUGUGUCACAGUUCACAUGUGCUCUUUGAAAAAAAAUCCUUUGUUUUGCAGAGAGGAGCUCAUCCAUUGAAAAGCACAAACAUUGGAUACAUACAUACUUCCUGUACCUGAUCAUAUAUAGUCAGUGACUCAAUAAGUGCAGCAAUUUGAAUUUUUAUUUUUUUACUUUGUAGUGAGUAUAAAUAUGUAUUAUUUGUGAAUAUUUGGGGGGAAUGGGAAAAGUUUUAUCAUCCUAAAUGAAGAAAACAGCAAUAAUGCUUUGACUUAUAGGUCUCAUGCAUCUUUGGGACUUAAUUAAAAGAGUAUGAUACCAUUCCAAUUCUGACACGUCACUAACCAAAGUUUUGACGAAAUUAAAAGAAUGAUUUGAAGUUCAAAACAUUCUGUUCUUCUAAGAAAUGUGUCAGUCAGAAGCAUUAGCAAGACUCCAAAAUGUAUGCCAGUGUUUUAGUACACACAGGAACAUUUUAGCCUGUGACACUCUAGCGAGGACAAAUCUACUUGUAGCUUGAUACGAAGCAUGAAAUUUACCUUUUUUACGAUAAUUUCUUGACAAUAAGCUGGAAUGUUUUAAUGCUGUAUGUAACAUAAUGUAUCAUAGGCCAAUUCUUUGAUUUACUUUCAGAAUUCUGAACCAAACAAAAUAGAAUAUUGGCUGGUUUAGCUGUUGUAUGUAAAGGUGUACUUCCAAAGCUUUGACUCUGUACCACACUAACAGUAGUAAUACUGUGGCUUUAAGAUGCACAGCAGGUUUGUGGUUUUUCGGGUCACAUUACCUAUCUGCAAAAGAUCAGCUGCUGCUUAGUCCCUGAUGAUGUUUAUCAAACUGUGACAGAACUAUGCUGGUUAUUCUUUUGUCGCCAUCAUAGGGAACCUCCUCAAAUGCUAGCUGCCCUUUACAUUGCAUAUACAUUUAAUGACAAAAAGGCCAUUGGGGACUGUGAAAAGCAAAACAUUCUUUCUGAGUUACAUUAACAGAUGUUAAAGAGGUUUUUUCCUACUCCUGCAAAGGUUUGGAGACACAAGUUUGUCCUUCAACAGUGACAUAAUUCUGUUUCAGUUUGAGCUUCUGAGUCCAGGUUGUUGUUCUUGUGAAGAAGGCGAAGAACAACUCCCACCUAAUACAGUCCUUAAGGAACAACAGGCAUUGCAUGUCUGCAUGUCUGAUUCAAGUAAUUACUGUCUUUAACGUGUAAAAUGCUGACUGCCUAGCUCAGGUGAGUUGGAAUAUAACAAAACAGUGAACUGGCUGGGAUUGCUCAAGGUUUGGAUUGGGGACAUGCAGUAGGAGAAUAGAGAACCAAACUAAGAUCCCUGUUUGUUAGCCAUGAGCACCAGGAAAGGCAGCCAUAUUGUAGCAGAUUAGAGACACGUCUUCUAUUCCAUGUGUUUAAUGUCUUUGUCUUCAUCUGCUCCUGUGUGAGUCUGUUUUUACAUUUAUUUGAUGGUUUUCCUUGAGUUUGGCUUGAUGUAGAUGCUACGCCAGAAUUUCCACUAUGGGAAGAUUUGACAUCUGUCAGAAAUGCUUCCACAAUCAUAUAGUUUCACUUGGAUUUGUGUGAAUCAACAUAGAUUCACACGGUUUUAAACAGAUCUACAUAAAAGUUUAUGUAAACUGCACCACGGGCAUACAAACAGUAUUGAAAGUUAUAGCAUCAAAAGGUACACACGUGUAAAGUCGAACCUAAUCUACACCUCACCUAAUGUCCUGUAUAGUAGUCUUGAAGCAGCGUAGAGAGACUCUAUGUAGCUAGUUUGAUGUUAUACAUCACUGUGCAUAGUAAAUGGGUUAUCAUUGUAUAGCUUAUCAUCCAGCGACUUCACUGCCUCCCUUUGAGUGUGUAUCCCUCCACUGUGAUCUACUCUAUGGGCAUGAUGAGAAAAAAAAAAAAAAAAACUAUAAACUAUUGCACUUUGUUACAUCUUAUCUGUUUUUGCUUUUAUCUCUUUAAUUUUGUAUUUGUUUUGAGGGCGUCUGCGAUGAGGGAAGUUGUUUUAAGAGUUUUAUAUUUGGCUGUAAAAUGCAUCCAGUUUGUGAAGAAGGAUAGACUAAAUGAUUAACACAAAGAGAUGGAGAGCUGAAUAUAGGUAUGAAUUAUACUCCAUGGUACAGUAAGUACGUGUAAUAAUAGGUAGUUACUCCCAGAUGUUAUCCUCCUGUUUUAUUAUGCAUUAUGUACAUUCAGAUGGUUUAUAUUUCAAUAAAUGAGAUUUAAUAAUGUAA